GAAAAGGGUUUGAUUAUUUGGGUCAUAGUUGUUGUCGUCUCUGCUUGGAGAUUAGAUAUUUAUCUCCAAAGACGAUGACAAGUCGUACUGGCAAUUGUCUGCACAGGUGUUCUUGAUGUAGCUUGGACAAGCUCUUGUGCGGCUUCGGAAGAUAUGAAAUAAGCUGUAGAAUAGUGACAAAAUGAACGGGGGAAAUGUAGAUUUGAUGCAGAGUUUUGCGUGCUUAUAACUUUACAACAGAUUUUCCUGAGAAAUCAACAAUUUCUGGUCCUCAAAAACUAUGCCAGGUCAAACUAUAUAAUAUUUUUUAAAGUGGACAUAAACAUUUCACCAGGAAAGGCUUCAUACCUGUUAGGCUCCAUUGUUUCUUUAUAAUCCAUUUGAAUAACCAGAAUUUACAUUUUUUGGCAGUGAGUAGAUGGGGAUUUGGUUCCAUUUACGACCUGGAAUGAUUAUUCGAGUCAAUCGCUGGCAUUAUUUAUUGUAUGAUAUCACUUGAGUAAUCAAAGUUUUGGCGAGUGAUUCAAGCUUUGAUGAUGCUCUUUCAUAAUCACAGUAAAACAUUUCAAAGUUGGAAGGAAGUUAUAAGAGUUGUAGUCCAGUGGUUGAACACUUUUAUGAUUGUUUAUUAUGUCGCAUGGCAUACUGACAUGUUUGUAAGCAGUCAGUCUUCUGCUAUUCCUGACCACACUACAGUAUUUUUAGUACUAUAUAUUCAAGUUUAGUGUAGUCCUUUUCUUUACGUGAUGACAGUAAUAAGGGCUCAUAGGUGAACUUGCAAGCACUCUUCAGGAACGCAUCUUUUCACACCGAAGUGUCACAGAAGAAAACAUGGCGAAACUUACAGCUGGGGACACAGACGACCCACCAAGAAUUCCCGCCAACCCAGUCAUUAACGGUAACGUGGCUAUGGCAGAUGGUCACAACAACGGCGAGGAGGACAUGGAGGAUGAUACUAGUUGGCGGUCGGAAGCAACCUUCCGGUUUGUGGUGGAACGUUUCAGCCGUUUGAGUGAGUCAGUGCUCAGUCCAUCGUGCUUUGUCCGAAACCUUCCAUGGAAGAUUAUGGUGAUGCCCCGCUUCUACCCUGACCGGCCACACCAGAAGAGUGUGGGCUUUUUCCUCCAGUGUAACGCAGAGUCUGACUCCACGUCCUGGUCUUGCCACGCCCAGGCCAUGUUGAAGAUCAUAAACUAUAAAGAUGAUGAAAAGUCUUUCAGCCGAAGGAUCAGUCACCUGUUCUUCCACAAAGAGAACGACUGGGGCUUUUCCAGCUUCAUGUCCUGGAGUGAUGUGACUGAUCCAGACAAGGGCUUUGUUGAUGAUGACAAAGUCACAUUUGAAGUUUACGUCCAGGCAGAUGCGCCGCAUGGUGUGGCCUGGGAUUCCAAAAAACACACGGGUUACGUGGGGCUGAAAAACCAGGGAGCUACCUGCUACAUGAACAGUCUGCUGCAGACUCUCUUCUUCACCAACCAGCUGCGCCGGGCGGUGUACAUGAUGCCCACUGAGGGAGAUGACUCAUCCAAGAGUGUUCCUCUUGCACUGCAAAGGGUUUUCUAUGAGCUACAACACAGCGACAAACCUGUCGGCACCAAGAAACUCACAAAGUCCUUUGGGUGGGAAACACUAGAUAGUUUCAUGCAGCAUGACGUUCAGGAGCUCUGCAGAGUGCUUCUGGACAAUGUAGAGAACAAAAUGAAAGGCACUUGUGUGGAGGGAACCAUCCCCAAGCUCUUCCGAGGGAAGAUGGUGUCUUAUAUCCAGUGUAAGCAUGUGGACUACCGGUCAGAGCGGAUAGAAGAUUAUUAUGACAUCCAGCUAAGCAUCAAAGGAAAGAAGAACAUUUUUGAGUCAUUCAAGGACUAUGUUGCCACUGAGCAGUUGGAUGGAGACAACAAAUAUGAUGCUGGGGAACAUGGCCUCCAGGAGGCGGAGAAGGGAGUGAAGUUCCUUACCUUCCCCCCAAUCCUUCAUCUGCAGCUGAUGAGAUUCAUGUAUGACCCACAGACCGACCAGAACAUCAAGAUUAAUGACCGGUUUGAGUUUCCAGAUCAGUUACCACUUGACGAAUUCCUUCAGAAGCCAGACUCCAAAGAUCCGGCCAACUACAUUUUGCACGCCGUACUAGUGCACAGCGGAGACAACCAUGGCGGUCACUACGUCGUCUAUCUUAACCCAAAAGGAGACGGCAAAGUGAGUGUCAAGGAACCAAUAUGGUGCAAGUUUGAUGAUGAUGUGGUGUCGCGGUGUACCAAGGAAGAAGCUAUAGAGCACAACUAUGGUGGACAUGAUGACGACCUCUCAGUUCGACACUGCACCAACGCGUACAUGUUGGUUUACAUCCGUGAAUCCAAGCUCAGUGAAGUGCUUCAGCCCAUGACCGACGUGGACAUCCCUCAGCAGCUGGUUGAGCGUCUGCAAGAGGAGAAGAGGGUUGAAGCUCAGAAAAGGAAGGAGCGCCAAGAGGCUCACCUCUACAUGCAGGUCCAGAUGGUGACAGAAGACCAGUUCUGUGGUCAUCAAGGCAAUGACAUGUAUGACGAGGAGAAGGUGAAGUACACGGUCUUCAAAGUUCUCAAGAGUUCCACACUCCAGGAGUUUGUCCAGAACCUGUCCCAGACCAUGGGUUUCCCACAGGAUCAGAUGAGGCUGUGGCCCAUGCAAGCUCGUAGCAAUGGAACCAAGCGACCUGCUAUGUUAGACUACGAAGCAGACAGCAACAAGUCGAUGAUCGACUUGAGUGACAAUGAGAACCCCUGGACAAUAUUUCUGGAGACGGUGGAUCCAGAGAUGGCAGCCAGCGGGGCAACGUUACCCAAGUUUGACAAAGAUCAUGAUGUCAUGUUGUUCUUGAAAAUGUAUGACCCAAAAACCAGAAGCUUAAAUUAUUGUGGACAUAUCUACACACCUAUAUCCUGCAAAAUAAGAGAUCUAUUGCCCAUCAUGUGUGAGAGAGCAGGAUUUCCGCAGGAAACUAGUCUUAUCCUCUAUGAGGAAGUAAAGCCCAAUCUAAUUGAGCGGAUACAGGACUACGGUGUCUCUCUGGACAAGGCCCUGGAUGAGCUCAUGGACGGGGACAUCAUUGUCUUCCAGAAGGACGACCCAGAGAAUGACAGCAGUGAGCUGCCGACAGCCAACGACUAUUUCAAGGAUCUCUACCACCGGGUGGACGUCAUCUUCUGUGACAAGACCAUCCACAACGACCCCGGAUUUGUGGUCACACUGUCAAACCGCAUGAACUACUUUCAGGUGGCCAAGACGGUAGCACAGAGGUUGAACACAGAUCCAAUGCUGCUCCAGUUCUUCAAGUCACAGGGGUACAGGGACGGCCCAGGGAAUCCUCUCAGACACAACUAUGAGGGAACACUACGGGACCUGCUGCAAUUCUUCAAACCUCGGCAGCCCAAGAAACUCUACUAUCAGCAGUUGAAGAUGAAGAUCACAGACUUUGAGAACCGGAGGAGUUUCAAAUCCAUAUGGCUAAACAGCCAGUUCAGGGAAGAAGAGAUCACCCUCUACCCUGACAAACAUGGCUGUGUUCGGGACCUUUUGGAAGAAUGUAAAAAGGCAGUGGAGCUGUCUGAAAAAGGCUCUGAGAAACUCAGGCUGUUAGAGAUAGUAAGCUAUAAAAUCAUCGGGGUUCACCAGGAGGACGAGCUGCUAGAAUGUUUAUCUCCGGCUGCAAGCCGCACCUUCAGAAUAGAGGAGAUUCCUUCGGACCAGGUGGACCUGGACAAGGACACAGAGUUGCUAAUCCCUGUAGCUCAUUUCCAUAAGGAAGUCUUUGGCACAUUUGGGAUUCCGUUCUUGCUCAAGAUUCGACAGGGUGAGUCGUUCAGGGAGGUGAUGAGGAGGAUCCAGACGAUGCUGGACAUCCAGGAGAAGGAGUUUGAAAAGUUCAAGUUUGCGAUUGUGAUGAUGGGCCGGCAUCAGUACAUCACUGAAGAUGAGUACGAAGUCAACCUGAAGGACUUUGAGCCGCAGCCAGGUAACAUGUCUCAGCCGCGGCCCUGGCUCGGCUUGGACCAUUUCAACAAAGCUCCAAAGAGAGGCCGCUACACAUACCUGGAGAAAGCAAUCAAGAUCCACAACUGAAGCAGCCCUCUCCCCCCUCAGCCCCCCGCCCUCUGCACCUCACCUACUAAACACACCUAACAACAGACUGUAACCUAUCUUGUGUGCGUGACAGACUGCGUGGGCGUGCGUGUGCUCGUAUUCUCACUUUGAACACCCCUCGCCCGGACUCGUACAGCUCAACACCGGCACUACUCGUCAGAGAUGCGGCUCACACUGCAGCUGAUGGAUGAUUCUCUAUAAUAAACUGCACCAACCACAUCCUGUUUUAAUUUUCUUUUCUUCCCCUCCACAUCCAAGACACUUUCUUUUUAGCUUUAACUGUUACUCUUCUUUUCCUUUGCCUGUCUGGAAGAUGGGAAAUGAGAUCGGGUUUUAAAUAUAUACUUCAAUGUAUACCUCUCCACGUUUGACCCUCUUUCAGCUUCCCCUCCCCCCCCCUCUCUUUUGGAGUUUUUAAAUAAAGAGUUGUUUAAAGAGACAUUAUACUGCUGUGUGACGUUUCAUGAGAGGAUGAUGGCCAGGAAAAUUGGACUGAGGGAGGACGGCGUUUCUUUCUCCCCUUCUCCUAAACCCAUCCUUUCAAUCACCACGGUGUCGGUUCUUAUUGCCCUCAUUCUUUUCGUGCACACAGUAUUCCCACGUUUACGCCUGGUUCUUUCUCUCUGAGGUUUUGGGAAAGAAUGUUUAGGACAAUUUUUUUUUUUUUGGCUCUUUGUGCAGAUCUUGUAUAUUAUGAAUCCACAUCUGUUUAAAAUAAUAAAUUGGGAUAAAAGAUGA